CGUCCCCGAAGCGGCGGGAAGCCCCCAUGGAUGUGCAGAAAGUCUGUGGUUUGCAGAGGUGAGGGGGGAGUAGGGGAGGCGUUCCGGGGUUCCCGCGUUUUGGGUUGAAAUCCAAGAAACGGCUGAUGAGGUGCUCGAGGUGAGGCUGGGAUCUGUCUCCACGUGGCCCUUAAGAGUUUUCCGUCUCUUUUGUUUUUUUUUCUUUUGGUGAAGUUGGGCAACGAGUUGGUGGCAGCAGAGGAGCAGCAUCCCACUGCUCUGCCGCCUUAUUCCGCCUUGGACACACCAACGUGCUUGGUUGCCCAGGUUCUAUAGGAGCGGAGACUGGCUUUUGUCGGUAAAGAUUUGGAUUCUGACAAGGCCCAAACAAAGAGUAAAAAGGACAAAGAUUAAAAGCAGAAAAUAAGGGGUAACCUUGAGGAGGGCCCAAUAAACUCACAUUCCUGCCCUGGUGCCUGCCUAGGGAUGGAUGCUGUAUGCAAAAUGUGAAGUUAAAAAUGCUGAAUUAUGGUGGAUUUCAAUGCUGAGAAGGUAACUUGCUUAGCUUUGUGGCUAACGUAUGAAAUCAAGCUAACUUUAUGUGUAAUAUACCAUGUAUAUAUAUGUAUAUGUACUCUCCGAAUCUUAUUGGUGGACUUGCAUUUAGAUGGAUUUAGUAAUGAUUGGGUAGUAUUGACGUGUUGAGCAAAAGCAAACAUGAGAAUCAUUUAACCUCUGUUGUGUUUCUUGGUUUGGAGUCUUUUUUUUGCCUCCUAGAAGUCUGGUGUUAUGCUACAUCUAUGCAAGAAAAAUUAAGCUGACAUUAUAUUAAGUCAGAAAACUUGAACUAGUUAGCAGGUUGUUGAUUUUUGUUUUUUCUUGGCAGGUGCCAACUCACAUUUCCCAAGCUCUGCAGAAGGUAGUUGGACACAACUCUGAACUGAAAGCUCGGUAGUAGCAAUUAAUGCAGCACACAGCUUGAGCUGAUGAACUUAGCUGAGUGCCAGGAUAUGUUAUCUCUGAGCUUGGCUGUGUGCUGCCACAGCACUGCAGCUUCUGCUGGGGGCUCACUUGUGUCCAGCUGUGUGACUUGACUUUUGUGGAAAUACAGAGGGGAUGGUAAUUCCUACUUUGGAUGUUUCAGUUGCCUGAAAUAAGUAUCAGACUUUUCUGUGCUUUUAGUAUUUUUUUUAUUAUCAAAUGCUCCCGUAAAGUGAGCGGUGCCACUGUACACAGUGUCUACACCUGCAGACUGUGGUGGAGAUGCUGCAUUGGCUGCCCUUCAGGUCCUGAGGGAAGCUGGAGGCACUGACCCUGUAUCAAUCCAGGCAUGUGGCCCUGAGCACUUUCAGGGACCUUGCUGAAAUAAAACUUGGUUAAUAUCUUUGUUGACAGCAUCUAGACCAGAGGAUGAAGUUGUGACCUGCUUUGGGUGCUGCCACUGAGGCUGUGCUGAAGGAGCUCCUCAGGGAUUUUUCAGCCCAAAAGUAGGAUAUUUUUUGUCUAAAAGGGACACCAGCCAAGGAGUGUGCUGCUUGAACAGCUCCAACGACCAUGGGUUUUCUGAUUGAGAAGCCUUCCCAUGUCCUCUGAGAAACUUGGGAUUGAUGGCACCAACAUUGACAGCAACUAUCUGAGUGUCAGGACAUGCCAGUCCAACCAAUAAAGCUAAAUGGGUCCAGUCACUGGAAUGACUCCGGAUAAGAAAGCUGAAACGCCAGGAGCAGAAAAAGCUGCAGGACUACGGCAGUGUCAUGGGAUGGGCAGCUUGCCUGAUGCAGGCGAUGCCGGCAAGCCAAAGGCCACUGUGGUGGACAGAGAUGCAGCAGACGAUGAGCUCACAAAUUUGAACUGGCUGCACGAAAGUACAAACCUUCUAACAAACUUCAGCCUCGGAAGUGAGGGCCUUCCGAUCGUUAGCCCCUUAUACGACAUCGAGGGGGACAGCGUGCCAUCCUUCUCACCGUCCUGUUACCAGAACCCUGAAAAAAAAUCCUCCACUUCCAAACCCCCUUACUCUUUCAGCCUUCUCAUUUACAUGGCAAUCGAGCAGUCCCCCAACAAGAGCCUGCCAGUCAAAGAAAUCUACAGCUGGAUCCUGGACCGCUUCCCCUACUUCGCCACAGCCCCCACCGGCUGGAAGAACUCGGUCCGGCACAACCUCUCCUUGAACAAGUGUUUCCGAAAGGUGGAGAAAAGCCAUGGCAAGGUGAAUGGAAAAGGGUCAUUGUGGUGUGUUGACCCAAAAUAUAAACCUAAUCUUGUCCAAGCACUGAAGAAACAGCCCUUUUCCUCAGCACUUGCAUUUUAUACUCCGCCGGCGUCACCACCGAGUAGGUCGUCGUCCCCUCACUACCUAACUUCAGUCCUUCAGCAGAACCAUGGCCGAGCUCUCAAAGAAUCUGAUAUUGAUGCUGCUACUGCAAUGAUGCUGUUAAAUACUUCCAUUCAGCAAGGGAUAUUGGACUGUGAGAAACCUCAGCCUCUGAAGACACCCAAGAAGAGGAGCUAUGGCAGUGCAUUCAACCCUCCGAGUUCCAUAAAUUUGCCGGAAAAUGAUUCUGCGGCCACCAAUAUUGAUCCGAACGAGGAUCACAAUUACAGUGCCAGCAGCAUGGGUUCCCAGCGCUGUGCAUCCAGGUCCAGCGUGUCUUCCUUGUCCUCCCUCGACGAGGUGUAUGAAUUUAUUUCCAAGACCAGCCAUGACGGGAGUGAUGGCAGUGAAGGAUUUCACAGCGAAGUGGAUACAGACGUUGACUAUGAAGAUGAUCCUCUUGGAGACAGUGGCUAUGCAUCACAACCUUGUGUAGAUACCUCUAAGGAAAGUCAGUCUAGCAAGAAAGCAUUCGAGGAAUUAUGUCAAGAAAUCGAUGAGGAGUUGAAAGAAGCAGCGGGGUCUCUGCUCCACCUUGCCGGCAUCCAAACGUGCUUGAGUUCCUUAAUAAGUACUGCAAAGACCCACUGUCACAAACAAAGGAAAAAAUAAUAUGUUUGUCAGUGUUGAAUAUAUACAUAUAUUUUUUUUAAUUGUGGCAAUACUCUUCUACUUUUACCCUUCACAAGGGAGAUCAAAGCCAUAAGAGGACUCACUGCUUUUUUUUAUUUUUUGGCGCAAACUAUAAUUUAGCCAUUUAUUUUUAAAUCACCACCUAAAAAGAAAAAUAGAAUAUUUAAUCUUCUCAGAUUAGAGAUGCAUGACUUGUGAAAACCUGAAAGCAUACUUAAUGAUCACUGUUUAUUUUUUUUCUUUUUAAUAGUUGACUUUAUUUUUUUUUCAGAGAUAUGUUUGUUCAGAUGCACACUGUGGAUCAUAUUUACAUCUCUGCGGGCCCCAUCUGCAGAGGUGAAUUUUGUUCUGUCUAAGGGCUCUGACUUCCAUGUAAAGGAUUAAAAAGGAGGUGAAAAAAGAAAGGGGGAAAGAAAAGGUCCUGGCCUUGGAUGCCUCCUUCCACCUGUCCUCUCUUCACUUUUUAGACAGGUCCUAGUGAAAACACUGGUGAUGCAACUCUGAGUUGCUGCAUUUUUUGGCCUAUCUGACAGAGUGGCUGAAAACCCGCAGGAGCUGCUUUCAGCAAGAUACUAAACACCCCCUGGAAGAGUGGGAUAAGGGGUAGCUGAAGUGGGUACCACCCACAGUUGUUUUUUUUUUGUCCCUCCUUCCCCCAAAUCUCCUGUGUGCAGCUCAGAUUGCCGAAGGAACAUGGUUUGUGGUUUUAUCUUAAGACAUGUUGUGAGUUUUUUUGGGGUGGGGGAUUGUCCUUUUCAUGCAGAUACGUGCAUGCCCACACAUGCCUUGGAUGUGGCCAACAGUGACAGCUGCUGCCUUCCAAGUCAGAUGUUGUCUUUGUGUUACCACCACUGUUGAAUAUGUAGUACCUACACAGUUCUGCUACAUCUACCCUUCUGCUCCCCUGUACCGGUUUGGGAGGGAAAAAAGAGCCCAGUAGUUGUUGGUGGUGACAAUUUAGAUGAGGUGGAGGCUUUAGUUGGCAAACAGCUGCUGAAAAGGGAAUGUCCUGCUGCCUAAUCUGAGACAAAAUGGAAUCGCUUCCUUUUGGAUCUCUGAACCCUGAAUCCAUAGAAUCAUAGAAUAUGCUGAGUUAGAAGGGAUGCAUCAGGAUCACUGAGUCCAACUCCUGGCUCUGCACAGGACCCCUAGGUCCCUUUCCACGGCACUGCUCUCCAGCUCUUGUUCCCCAGUCCAUACACACACCCAGGGUUGCCCAUCCCAGGUGCAGAAUCUGGCACUUGCCCUUUUAAACUUCGUGCAGUUGACGAUUGCCCAUCUCUGAUUUGUUGAGGUCCCUCUGCAGGGCCUCCCUGCCCUCUGGGGAGAUGACAGCUCAUCCCAAUUUAGUGUUGUUGGGGGUUUUUUCCCCUUCCCCCAGUGUUUGCUGGUUUUGUCACAUGGACUGUCCAUCCAUACCUUCUGUUUCCCAGAUCACUGUGCCUUGUGCUGUUUGAACCCCAUCAGCCUUCUGCCACAUACGGGGCAUCCAAUGGGCAAAGCUUUUGCCUUUGGAUGUGCAUUGAGGCUCAGGAGGACCUCUGUUUUGGGAAGAAGUUCCUUCACAAUUCAUUUUGCAAUAAGAGAAUCUUUUUAUAGUUCCUAGACAUCCUUCAGCCAAAAAUGUUUUGUGGUAUGUUGAACUUUAUCCCUAUUGUUUUUUCCUUUUAAAAUCAGUGGUGAUUGCUUACAUCUUCCUGUAGAUAAUGGCCUUUUUUUUUCUUUUUUUUUAAUUUUCUGUUCAAAAAUGGACAAGCAGUUCAGUUGGAGUGGGUUUUAACAUUACUGUACAUACAAGGAUGCCUUAAGUAUGUUGCAGAAUCGUAUACAGCUAUUCAAGGUCAUCUUUCCUGUUGCUAAAAGGUAGCAUGAUGUGCCAUAAACGUUCUCACCAACGUGAAGCUAUUGCUUCCAGCAGGUAUUGGGCAAGCUGGUUGAAAAUUAGGAGCAGAGCCACCUAGGAAACCAAUGUCCACUGUGGAGAACAGUGCUGGAUUCAGCCAAAAGUUAACCUUUCCCUAAGGGGGUGUUUUCCUGGCUCUUUGGAAGCCUUUAUUAGACUAGUGUGGGGGUUUUUGCCCCUUUUUUCUUUUAUUUCGUAUUUGUCAGUCUAUUCAUGAAUACUGUCAUAAACUGUUUUAAAUACAAACACAGCCAUGCUGCUGAAGGUCUGUUGCUCUGAGGGCCCAUUCCAGUGCCUCUUGAAGACAACGGUGGUGCUCCUGCUGACUCAAUGGCUGUUGGAUCAAGCCUGAAAUAUUUGAGGUUCUUUGUGUUUUGGAAUUUAAAGCACAAACCCUAGGAGAAAAAAAAAAGUGUGGGGGUUUUUUUUUCUUUUUCCGAUUACUUCAGUUUUAAGAAUUAUUUGUUUUAUUUCUGGAAAGGGAAGGAAAAUACUCUGCUUCAUUCCUGCUUUGUGUGAACACCUGUUAGCCUAUACCUGUAGCAGAGCAACGUCUGCAGAUGUGUAUGUCUUCUGGCUAUCACAAGUGCUGCAUUAGCCAAUUAGAUCUGAUUUUGGAUGUGUUACUGAUGGGUAGUAGGGGUAAAACUUGCGAUUUAAAGGAAAAUGAAUUAUCAACACGGUGAUUCUUUGGAUUUCAGGAUGUGAAGAUGUGAAUGCUUGGUGGAACUGCUUUUUGCUCAUGGGUUGCUUUUGAACUUUGAUGGAAAACUGCAAAGGGCAGAGUUUGUGUCAAUGUGAAAACCAAGAUUCAGAUACACAGAAAUACUCUGUAGCAGCCUGGGAUUUUGCUCAGUGCCAUGAUUUCAGUUUCAUGCUGUUGGAAAGGGGUGCUGCCUGGCUCCUGCUGAAGGUGGUUGCAGCCUUUCUGUAGCUUCCAGUGAAAGCUGGAUCAAAGUCCAAGUAUUCUAGAAAUUCUGCGGUCGUAGUUGGCUCUGUGUUUUGAUUUGGUUCUGCAUUUAUUUUAUGCCUCAGAUAAAAUUGGAGAAGGUUAAUACUGACUUGGAGUGUGGCUGUGCUGCUGUUAACCCUGAAGCUGGUGAUAAUGACUUCAGCAUAUCUGAGGAGAUGGAGUUGGGAUGCUAACAGUGCAUUUAAUUACCAUAUGCAAUGACCAGUAAAAACCAAUUACUAAUCAAAGUCAGCAGUGAAAGCUAGCUGCAUCCAUCCUUACAGCUCUUAGCCUGGGAGAACUGGAAUUCUGGAAGUGGGGAAGCAAUCAUAGUCUUUCCCUGGGACACAGAGCAAAGCUCUUCAUGCUUUGCUGUUUUCCCUUUCUCCUUUCAAAGGAGAAGGCAGACAAUCUGUGCCCCUGACCUGUUCCACUGUGUUGUCCCACACCUCUGCCUGCACGUUUGGGAGGCAAAGGCCGAAAGCUCAGAUGCAGAGCACCCCUCUUGGGAGUGGGAGAAGAGCUGUCCUUCCUUUCUCUUACAUAUCUAUUGGGUUUGGGUUUGUUUGCCACCUCAGCCAGAGACCCUGGUGUAUAUAGUAUAAAUGGAGUAUAAUUAAAAGUUAUUUUGAUUGUUGGGCUUUGGGUUUUUUUAGUGACAUAUGUAAAACGUUGAUGCCAAUGGUUGACUUGGAUACAUUUUGGCAAGAAAAGUAUUAAUGAACCACAUUCAGUUCUUUAAAUGCAGUGAAGAAGUGUAUGAGACUUUUGUACCUGGGAGGUUGCUCUGUUCAGGGUAAAUCUGAUGUGAAUACUGUACAAACCUAUAUUGGCCUUCCAGAUUCCAGUCCUAAAUACUGAUUGGCAGAAGUCACAUCAAAUGUUUUAAAAUCCAACUGUAAAAUGGAAGUUGUGUGGUUUGCAACUUUUCAUCAACCUGAAAAGUACAAGCUUUAAUUAAAGCAAAGUACACUCAUGCACGUGAAUAAUGGUGUGGUCAGAAUAUUUAUUGAAAAGGUAGAAUAUUUAAAUGUUGCACCUGCUAUUUUAUCUUAAAGCACAUUCUUCACACCUAACUGCCAGUGCCAUUAUCAAGUCUGUUUUAUAAGUGUACAUUUCUUCAAAUUAAAAAGUGCAUAAUUAAAAGUAUUAUGUUACUGCCAUAUAGUGAUAUAAAACAUUUUAUAAUUGCCAAUUCAUUGUAACUAUUAUUUAUUUAAAAGUGAAUUGUAAGAAUGCUUUCUGAUCAAAUGAACCAGAGUUGUUUUUAAACCAUUCCCGUUAGCUUGUUUCUAAUGUAGCAUAAACAAUGUCCUUGGGUUUGUUUAGAAUAAUUUUGCCAGUAGGUGACCAAUUCUAACCCUUUUUCCUCCGGUUUAGUCCUUUACCCGUUUUAAAGACGAUUUACAGAAGUUUAGUUUUUUGUAUGCUAAUCUCUGUUAAUUAAAAUGUUUAUAAAUUUUAUUUUUACCAAAGAGAUGCAAUUCAUUAUGACAAAAUAUUGCAGAAUAAACUUUGUUUUAUAACAUUUGUGACUUUUCUGCCCACAUUUUUCAUUCAGAUGAUCAAAGGGGCUUUUCUAAAAUAAACAGCAUUGCAAACAGAAAGCGCUGUGUUCUCUCUUUAUCUCCAGACCCUGGUUCUGGUCUCAGACGGUGCUGAGUAUUCCACCUUCCCAUUUAAACUUCUUCCACGAGAAGUGGACCAGUGUAAAAAGCCAAAUGUGUGUUUCAUUGAAGGUUGGUUAAGAUGUUGCAUGCAUGUGGAAGUCAUCUGUAAAACACCUACCAGUCCAUAGCAGGAUUUGCUGACAGUCAGGUUCAUCCAUAGCUGGCCCAUAAUAAUUGAAGAGCAUCUUUUAAGGCCAAGAUUUUACCCUUUAACCAGGAACUUAAAGAAUGUUUUGAUGUGUUAGAAAUUGCUGAAACACUACUGCAUAAUAUUUUGCCCUUCUGUGCAAAGCAUUUGUUUAAAUAGAAAUAACUUGAAUCUUUUGCUGAUGAAACCGUGAUUAUUUACUGUUCCGUGUCCAUACUGCUGUGGCCAAGUUGCUUGGACGAUACUCAAAAGAUCAACAACCUAAUACAGGACAGGUAAUUUAAAAAAUGUGUCCCUGGAUAAAGCUCCAUAGGUCUUCUUGGGGUUUUUUUCAGUGUUUACUUUCCCUACAUACGAUUUUUGAUAUCUGUCAAGUCUUUAUCCAGAAGGCCUUAUGGAAAGCACAGAGGUGGGAACGCACCCUCUUCACUAGCAGGAAUGAAAUGCUCCCCAUCCCACUUUAUACAUGCCUCAGCUUGCUGCUCCUGGGCCAGCUUUCCUCUCAAAUGCACACACGUGGCAUGUGCCAUUCCAGUGCCUUCCAGUGCCUGAGAGGCAGAAAGACCAGAGAAGGGAAACAAGAUGUGACGUGAUGCUUAUCUCUGUUAUAUGCAGACAUUGGUCCACCUUUUCUAUUUUUAUUUGUUUAACCUACUAGUAUCACUGAGUUAAGCUUGCUCUGUAGAAUCUGAUGACAAUACAACUUUCUCAAUACUUGAAAUGAUACAGUAGAUGUUAACAAAGACUUGCUUUCAUUGCCAUAUCAAAUAAAAUUUAAAUCACAUUACAGAAUACAUAAGUGCUAUUAAGAUAUUUGAUUUAGUGUUCAUCUUAAUAUACUGAUAAGAGAACAACUGCUCUAAUUAGCUUGGACAAAAUCACAACUAUGUAUCAUAUGUUAAUGAUAACUUUCUAAUUGUUAUUCUCUGUAUUAUGCUGAGAACCUUGAGCUCAUUGUUAAAUUUCCCAAGAGUGUUUUCCUCUGUUAUGGCUUUGCUGAAAAUUACCCUCUGUAUGAAGCCACAACUCUCAAAAUAAAGCAUUAACUGAA